UCAGCUGACAAGGAUUUACACGUGACCGUGUUAUGCUUCAGCAGCAGCUGUUUGGACAAUAAUUACACAAAUAUAAUGACAAUAACUGACACAGCAUUUAAAAGGGGCUUACCUAAACCUAAACUGAACAGUAAGUUAAUAACACAAGAAACUGAGAAAAAGACGUCGUCCGAUGAUUAAAAAGUUGAAUAACAGCGCGUGACUGUCAGCAGAGUGAAAAGAUGGUAACACAGGUAAACAACAUGUCAGAUUAGAUGUUUUACUGUACAUAAGCGUAGUUAUUUUGUCUAUUACUAACUAACUGGACUCUACCUUUAGUCAACUUUUAAGUGCAUGUCUACGAACCUCCUCUUUUGGGAUUGACCCUUGGUGAAUCCAUAAACCAAAAACAAAAUUUCUCAGUGCCCUAUGGUCAAGCUUUAGGCAAUCAUUAACUUACUCAUUAUGUACACAAGCUGUAGUGUAAUGCAUUUCAGAUAGUGCCUGCAGGAUUGCUUUUGCAAAAAAAUUGUCUACUUAUAAAGAGUUUCAUCUCCAGGCCGUGUACAGGUCCUACGCUGCUGUUUUUCUUUGGUGUGGAUAGUUUGAUCAGUUUAUGGCUCGGUUACUUGCUCUCUCUCGUUCUCUUUACCUGUGGCGUCCACCGUGGAUGGGCUUAACAUCAUUACACUCUCGCAGUAUGUCAUCGUUAGAGAAGCGAGCACUGGCUGUGUUUUCUGCAGCGGUUGAAGGUGUACAACCAGACAUAGUGGUCCGUAAGGGUCUGGAGCGACAUGGGAAUAAAUUACUAGUGGGUGGUCAGAGUUUUACACUUAGCAAUAACCUGUAUGUGGUGGGCUUUGGCAAGGCCGUGUUGGGGAUGGCAGCGGAGGCAGAAAGGAUUGUUGGGGAUCAUUUAAUUAAAGGAGUUGUCAGUGUGCCUCAUGGUAUUCAGAAUACACUACGGAGUCAUGGAAAAGAGAAGAUGCUGCUUGAGAACAACAGUAAAAUUACUGUUAUGGAAGGAGCAAAGCACAAUUUACCUGAUGCAGAUGCCCAGAAGUCAGCUGAAUGUAUUCGUGAACUGACCAGCGGUCUAACUGAGAAAGAUCUGCUGCUUGUUCUUAUCUCUGGUGGUGGCUCCGCUCUUUUACCUGCUCCGGCACCACCCAUGUCCUUGCAGGAGAAACAGGAUGUGACACGGCAUCUUGCAGCGGCAGGGGCCACAAUACAGGAGUUAAAUACGGUUCGACGGGCCCUGUCCAUUUUAAAGGGUGGAGGCCUUGCCCGAUGUGCCUACCCAGCCCAGGUGGUGGCAUUGAUUUUGUCAGAUGUCAUUGGAGAUCCUUUGGAUUUGAUCGCCAGCGGUCCAACAGUUAGGAGUGAGACAUGGCCAGAGGAAGUUUGGGCUAUCUUUGAACGUUAUAAGCUCUCUGAUUCCUUGCCUUCCUCUGUAAAAGAAGUGCUUAGUAAAUCCGGCUCCCGUUGGGUGCAAAAACAGCCACAAGAGGUUAAAGAUCAUGUUUUAAAUGUUGUAAUAGGCUCAAACACCAUCGCUCUUGAAUGUGCGAGCCGUAAAGCGAGUGAGUUAGGACUCCGACCCGUGAUUUUAUCCCCGGGGGUGUGCGGUGACGUCCGCUCCGUUGCAACGCUGUAUGGACUGCUAGCGCGUUUUGCAUGCUCCCCGGGGAGAGAACCUCCUCCAGAGCUUGCUUCACAGAUCCUUCGGCUUGGCCCAGAGGUUGGGAUAGAAAGCUGGGAUUUGUGUCGUACCAUGAACGUACUUGAACAUGAAAGGAAAGAAGGCUGGGGUGCUACCUGUCUGCUGGCUGGAGGAGAACCCACAGUGCAGCUUACAGGAAAGGGCAGGGGUGGCAGAAACCAGGAGCUGGCCCUGCGGGUCGGACUUGAGCUUAGUAGUCCUAAAAUAAGGAGUGGUGCAGUGUUUCUCAGUGGAGGGACAGAUGGGCAGGAUGGUCCUACUGAUGCUGCUGGUGCAGUCACUGAUGGGGACCUGAUAGAUGAAGCCAAGACUCAAGGUCUGGACAUUGAUAGCUCACUUACUAAUAAUGAUUCAUUCACAUUUUUCUCACGGCUCUCUGAAGGACGACGGUUACUCGUGCCUGGACUGACAGGUACCAAUGUGAUGGACGUGCAUGUUAUGCUGCUUCCUCCACCACCACCUCUUUGACUCCAGAUGGAUUUGUGUGUGGAAAUAACUAAAUGACAUGUUGGAAUGAAA